CGCUAUUUAUAGAAUUUGUAAGAAGAAAUACAGGAAUGUAAAUAUGAUGACACCAAACAUCCUGGUUUAAAGAAAAAUGGCCGUCAUGGCGUUUGCCACUGUUUGGAUCUUGAUUUUCGUACCAAUCGUUUCUGGUUAUAUCAUAUCACUUUCCCCCAGUUCUUUCCCCGUCGGAACAAGAAACGUAACAAUUGAAUGUUGGAGUUUUUUGUGGGACACGCAUUUUAAAGAGCUGACACUUGAUAUCCGUCAAAAUAAGAACGAAGACUUAUUAUCAGUCAUCAAGUGUAACAAUUCUGGAAUAUACCGAUUGAAUAACGAAACUAAAUUCAAAGGUGUUACAUUAAUAUCAUAUAAUUGCGAUUGCUCGGAAUCUUUCUACAUUGACAAGUGUAUUAAACUUACUGUAUCCCUUCAAUCAGACAAAUGCAGACUUGAUGACCAAAUAUAUGCGAGCACAAGGUGUAUAUUUUCCAAUGAUGCUGAAACAUUUAACACUUCGGAGAGGGAUAUUUAUGCAAUAAAAGGUCAGCCCCCAAAAAACAUUAAGGGAAUAUCCAUCAUAAAUAGACAACUGUCGAAGUCAUUGUAUAAAACAGAUGGUGUUUUGCAGUUACAAUGCAUCGGGGAAGUAGAAAAUAUCAAUGCCAUGCCGACAAAGGAUAUCCGUUGGUGCAUAAGAGAAAAAGGAAUAUUCAAUUCUCUACAAUUUCAAGAUCCCCCUCGCACAAACGUAGUGAAAAGAAGCACAGAUGGUUGUACUGUUUUGCAGAAGUCAGUCUUAUUUUAUCACGUUACACAAGGCAACACUGAUUUAGAGAUAAUGUGUGAGUCUGGGUGGGGUAGUGCCUGUGGAAUAAAGGGAGUAAACGCGACACUAAGCAUACCAACUACAGACACACAGCUAAAUAAAUGGAGAAUGUUGCCAAUUCUGAUUCACGACAAAAAGUCUUCGCUCAACCCAGGACAAAUAGUAUUAGAUGGAUCUGGAAAAACCAUCCAUUUACAGUGCACAGCGUCUGUUCAUUCACAUAAUACAUCACUGGCGAAAAUGAUUAAUUGGUGUGUAAGAAAGCAAAGCGAUUCAGCAUGGACAAAGGUAAAAUUACAGGGGAAGAAGAAAGUAGCAACCUCAAACAUCAGCGGAGAAAUAACGGUUUUCAGUAAAAUAGAGUAUCACGUCACAAUAUACGACAUGGAUGUACACUUCAUGUGCGAAAUAUCCCACUAUUCUUCGUGUGGAAAUGGAUUAGCGUUCUCAAACAUAUCAAUACACGUUGUUGUCAAAGCACAGAACCAGAUUGGUAACGAACCGGAUUGCAGCAAAGCUGGAGUAGCGAUACUUUCAGUUCUAUUCGUUAUUGUUGUGAUUUCUACACUACUCUUUUUGAUACUUUUAUGUAGAAGGAAACAAAUGAGCUUAUUUGGAAUGGUAAUUAAAAUUGAAAGUGAAAAGAAAUAUUUUAUCGAAGAUGAAACGAACAGUCGAUCAUUGUCUGCGAAUGGAAAUUGCACUAUUAGCCAGACACAAAGCAGUGUGCGUUAUGUGGAGAAUCCGUCCACAAGUGUUGGUGUUCAAAGGAGUGAAAUCGAAAGUAAUUCAUUAGAAGAUGCAAAAGGUGACGACAUGGAUCAAGACUGCUAUGACAAUGCAAGUGAAAAUUAUGAAUCAACAAACUACGAUAUUACAGUUGGAAGACAAAGUUUUUAUGAAAAUCAGGCUCUGGAACAUGAACGAAAUGAAUCGAUUUACGAAGAUGUCAUAAAGGAGGAAAUGGAGCAAGAUUACGAUGUCUUGAAAUUAUAGUGAACAAAGUCAUGUCAUCGAGAUGUGUUGUCUGGCUUUAAAUGCAAAAAAAUAUAUAACUGUAACUAUCAAUAAUACAUGCAUUAUUGUCGACUAUGCAUAUUUAUGUCCUUGAAGUAAGAAUGUUCUCAAUACCCUAUAUCAUAUUAGUGGAAAAUAGUUAAGGUAUGAAAAAAGUAAUUAUGUGUAAAAACCAUUCAAAUAUUUUCGUGGUCAAAUAUCACUAGAUAUUUGCCUUCUGGCAUUCUAUUUCUAACAAAUUAUUUAUGGUCAAGUUCAGAUGCAUGCAUGAUUUUUUUUUUAAUUUGGCGUUCAAAUUUGGAAAUAUGUGACCAUUCACAGUCAGCUUAAUACAGUUUAUCUAGCUAUAGGUAUACAGCCAUCCUACAAUCAUAUACGUAUGGCAAUCCUAUAACUCAUUUAUUCAAGUAACAAAAACAACUUUUACUCGGUUGCAUUAGCCGUGCAUGCAAAAGUAUGCCGUUGUCAAAGAUUUUUAACAAUCCUUAACAAUACUAACACUUCAUUUUACAUGUAUCGAACCCUGAAUCCAUCUGUUUGUCAAACAUAUCUACACAUAUAUAAUAACUUUGUUUUUGUUACGAUAAAUGUACAUAAUACAAGGGUGAUCCAAAUUUAAUGUCACAUUAUGCACUGCAUUUUACGCUGGCGCUGUAUUGUAUAAAAUGAUGCAUGGAAUUUGUUCUUAUCAAAAUUCUAAUUUGAAGUAAAACUUUGAUUAAAUUACAUGAAGCUACCUUCAAGACUUCUCGAAGAGACCUCUACAAACUGAUCGCACAGUUAAGAUUCAAUAUACUACCCCAUGGAUUACAAAAAGAGUAAUUACUUACUUUAUGAAAAAAUGUGAAAAAAUGUAAAGUAGAGCAUCGUGGCCAAUUUUUAUAGAGCAGUAAAUUACGAAAUUCUACAAGAACGCCAAAGAUCUAGAAACGGCGUCGUUAGCCUGUGGCAACUAUCCAUGCUUCACGCUCUUUAAAAUAUAUUCUUCAGAAAUAUGUAUCAGAAUGCAUUACAAUUUUAAAUUCUGGAUUGAAUUGGGUGGAUAUCUCAAAGCUCAAGUUUUUGUCACUUUACGUGGAUUUUUUACGAUUUUAUCGCAUCUGUGACAUUACAUUUGGAUCAACGCUUGUAUUAAUUGCUUUUUUUAUAUAUAUGAAGCUAUGUGUUUUAGCAAUUAUAUCAUAAUCAGUAAUGCAAAAAAGAUGAAAAAAAUUAUACAGUUGCAUAGGUCGGGAUAAGCUUCCCAUUAUCAAGGAGUGUAUGUCCAUUACUUACACUAGUACUAGUACAACACUCUAACAACAUGAACGUCAAAAACAUAGAAGUUUCAUGUAAAAAAAAAUAUUUUUGUAUUUUUUUCUAAUUCUGUAUUAUAAGAUUUGUAUUUGAUGAUAUAUAAAUAUAUGUUAUAUCAAACGAUCAUUGUCUUUUUCUUAACCGGAAAACUACAUGUAGACACAUAGUUAAAAACAGAAUUAUUCUCAUAUCUUAAUAAUGUAUCAUUAUUACAAUUCUAUCCAUCAAAAG